CGAGGCCCAAGACUCGGACAGCGUUCCGAAAUUAAAAAGGCGGCCCAGCCAGAGCGACCUGCCAACCCCGAAUCCGCCAUCUCCCUCGACCGGCUCGACCGACGUGGACGUCGCCUUUAUCUCCUUUGCACAUUUGGCAUCGAUACCCGCCGGCCGCCAUGUCGAGACGAGCGCCCAACCCGGCCGCCGAAAGGGCGGCCCAGAACACGCUGACAAUCAAGAGCCUGCUGAAGCUCGAGUCCAACAAAAUAUGCGCAGACUGCAAGAGGAACAAACAUCCUCGAUGGGCCAGCUGGAACCUGGGCGUCUUCAUUUGCAUCCGGUGCUCGGGCAUCCACCGCGGUAUGGGAACGCACAUCAGCAGGGUCAAGUCGGUCGAUCUCGACUCUUGGACGGACGAGCAGCUGCAGAGCAUCCUGAGCUGGGGCAACGCCCGCGCCAACAAGUAUUGGGAGUCCAAGCUGGCCGCCGGUCACGCGCCCUCCGAGUCAAAGAUCGAGAAUUUCAUCCGCACCAAGUACGAACUCAAGCGCUGGGUCAUGGACGGUGGUAUCCCCGACCCCGCCACCCUCGACGCCGAAGCCGACGACGAUAUCCCCCUCAGUAUCGUCAAGGAGAAGCAGAACAUAGACAAGAAGGAGGCUGUCCGCAAGGCCUCGGUCGGCCAAUCGGCCGCGCCGCGCCGCAUCCCGGCGCCCCCUGCCCCGCAAGAAGACCUCAUCGGCGGCGAUCCCAUCCCCCAACGUGCUAGUAGUGCCAGCCCGUCCCUAUCCAAGGUCCCCGCCAAGGCCGACGCCGCACCUCCCAAGACCAGCACCAGAGACUCGCUCCUGGGCCUCGAUUUUCUGGGCAACGAGCCUGUCGCCCCUCCACGCCCGUCCAGCGCCAGCCCGGCCACCACUACCCCCGGCGGUCAGUCACGCCCGGACCUGAAGCAGUCGAUCCUCUCCCUUUACGCGACAGCUCCUCGCCCACAACCUGCUGCGCAGCAGCCGGCACACGGCCACACGGGCUCCUUUGGGGGCAUGCAGUCUCCCACAUUCCAGCAGCAGAGCUCCAUGGGCGGCGGUAGCGGAGGCGUGGGCGGCAUGAAUGACGCCUUUGGCAGCCUGAGUUUCGGCUCGACAGCGACUGCGCAAAAAAGCCCAGUGAGCGAUGCCUUUGCUGGCCUCAGCAGCAUCAGCAGCCGCUCGCCGCCGCCACCACAGCAAUCUUCGGCUUUCUCUGGCCUCGGUGGUGGUGGGGGCUUUUUUAACGCCAAACCGGCGGCCACGGCCCAGCCAAGUCAACAACAAAAAUCCUCGUUUGGCGACUUCGACGCCUUCUCCUCGUCGGCCGCCGCCUCGAAGCCCGCGGCUGCGCCGGUGCCUGCGUCGUCUGCCCUCGGUGAUCUGUUUGACUUUUCCUCGCCCGCGCCUGCCGCGGCACCCAAACCUAGCGUCCCAACUCCCAUGGCCGCCUCGGCGGCAGCGCCCGCAGCCUCCAGCUCGGUGUUCAACCUCUCAAGCCAGACCGCAUCGCCCCCCGCUGCGGCACCUGCGGCUGCGAACCCGAUGGCGGCGAUGGGAUCGUCGUCGGCUUGGUCUACCUCGGAUGUUUGGGGCAACGACAAUGCAUGGGCCUCGGCCAAGCCCGCCCCCGCCGCACCCAGCCAGGCUGCCUCCAGCGGCUUUGGUGGCUGGGGGGACAGCGCGGCCGGCGGGUCGAGCCUGGCCGGCCAGAGCAUCGUCCCCGGGGCUUCGGGCGGAUUCCAGCCCAAAGUGUCGGCCGACGAGGAGUUUGGCGGCUGGGCCAGCAGCACGGGUGGGACCUCCAAGCCCGCAGGCGGGUUUGGGGCUACUGGAGGUUCAGGGGGCAACGGUGACGACUUAUUCUCAAAUGUGUGGCAGUGAUUUGCCCCUCUUGAUCGUGGUGGCGGCGGUGGUUUGGGGGUGGGCGACGGAUAGAAGGGUGCAUUGCUCAGAGAAUCGUUGGUGGUGUGGCUGGGGGACGGAUUGUCUUGAUUCUUUGUAUAUGAAUGCUCGGCGUCUGGCUCUUUGCAUCUCGACUUAUACACACGCAGUUCAUUUAAGGAGUCUAUCUCGGAAGAGCGUGUCUUCGGCCAUUGUGCAUGAUUAUAGACACAAGAAAGACGACAGUCAACAGAAGCGUCUCUGAGUUCCUUGGUGUUCGAAGC